GCUGUGCUCUCAGUGGUGCUUCAGACAUUGUUAAUGCUAAAAUUCAUGCUGUUCUGUUUUGUAGGAUCAUGGAUUUUCCAGGACACUUUGAGCAAAUCUUUCAGCAGCUAAACUACCAGCGGCUUCACGGCCAGCUUUGUGACUGUGUCAUCGUGGUGGGAAACAGGCAUUUCAAGGCCCACCGCUCUGUUCUGGCAGCAUGCAGCACACAUUUCCGAGCGCUCUUCACUGUUGCGGAGGGAGACCAAACCAUGAACAUGAUCCAGCUGGACAGUGAGGUGGUGACAGCAGAGGCUUUUGCAGCCCUGAUUGACAUGAUGUACACCUCCACGUUGAUGCUCGGGGAGAGCAAUGUUAUGGAUGUCUUGCUGGCUGCUUCCCACUUGCACUUGAACUCGGUUGUUAAAGCGUGUAAGCACUACCUCACCACCAGGACGCUGCCCAUGUCCCCCCCCAGCGAGAGGGCGCAGGAGCAGAGCGCGCGCAUGCAGAGGUCCUUCAUGCUGCAGCAGCUGGGGCUGAGCAUCGUGAGCUCGGCGCUCAACUCCGCGCAGGGCAGCGAGGAGCAGCCGGGCGCCCUGAGCUCCUCCGUGAGAGGCAGCGUGGAGCAGCGCUCCGCCUUCCCCAUGCGGCGCCUGCACAAGCGCAAGCAGCCUCCCGAGGAUCGGGCCCGGCAGCGGAUCCGCGCUGCCAUGGACGAGGCCGCCUCCGACGCGGCUCCCGAGAGCGGGCAGUCCACGGCUCAUUCCCGGGAAGACUUCUUUUCGCCGGAUUCCCUGAAGAUGGUGGACAGUGCUAAGACUGAUGCUGUUGCUGAUAAUCAGGAGGACAACACUGUGAUGUUUGACCAGUCUUUCAGCACUCAGGAAGAUGCUCAAAUGCCCAGCCAGUCUGACAACAGCGGAGGAAACAUUUCACAGAUGUCCAUGGCAUCGCAGGCGACGCAGGUGGAAACCAGCUUUGACCAAGACGCUGCUUCUGAGAAGAACAACUUCCCGUGUGAGAAUUCCGAGGUCAGUCUGAAUGAGAAGGAGCAUAUGAGGGUGGUGGUUAAAUCUGAGCCCCUGAGUUCCCCGGAGCCUCAAGACGAGGUGAGCGAUGUCACUUCCCAAGCGGAAGGCAGUGAGUCUGUGGAAGUGGAAGGAGUUGUGAGUGCAGAGAAGAUAGAACUGAGUCCAGAAAGCAGCGACCGCAGCUUUUCUGAUCCUCAAUCCAGUACUGAUAGGGUGGGAGACAUCCAUAUUAUGGAAGUAUCAAAUAACCUGGAACACAAGUCCACCUUCAGUAUCUCCAAUUUUCUAAAUAAGAGCAGAGGUGGCAGCUUUGGCGCCGCACAGAGUAACGAUGACAACAUUCCAAACACAACGAGCGACUGCAGGAUGGACGGCGAUGGCUCCUACCUGAUGAGCCCGGAGUCCGGGCCUGCAGGUGGCCAUUCCUCCGCCACGGUCUCUCACGUAGAGAAUCCGUUCGGUGAGUCCGUGGACUCGCACUUUGUGAGGCCGAUGCAGGAGGUAAUGGGCCUUCCCUGCGUGCAGACCUCUGCAUACCGGGCUGCAGAGCAGUUUGGCAUGGAUUUCCCGCGGUCAGGUCUGGGCCUGCAUUCCAUAUCCCGGGCCAUGAUGGGCUCCGUAAGAGGGGGAGCCGGUGGCUUUCCCAGCUACCGCCGCAUAGCCCCCAAAAUGCCUGUCGUGACCUCUGUGCGGAGCUCCCAGCUGCAGGAUAACGCGUCCAAUUCCCAGCUCUUAAUGAACGGGGCCACUUCCUUUGAAAACGGGCAUCCUUCUCAAGCGGGCCCGCCGCAGCUGACCAGGGCGUCUGCCGAUGUCCUUUCGAAAUGCAAGAAGGCCUUAUCGGAGCACAACGUUCUGGUGGUCGAGGGCGCUCGCAAGUACGCCUGCAAGAUCUGCUGCAAGACGUUUCUGACGCUGACAGACUGCAAGAAGCACAUCCGCGUGCACACGGGAGAGAAGCCCUACGCCUGCCUCAAGUGCGGCAAGCGGUUCAGCCAGUCCAGCCACCUGUACAAACACUCCAAAACAACCUGCCUCCGGUGGCAGAGCAGCAACCUGCCCAGCACUUUGCUUUAAUCCUUCCCGCGCCGGUGCAAACUCCUCGGUCGCUGAAGUAUUUUGGGGGCGUUAACACUGUUCUGCUCAAGGCUGCGGGUUCGGAGGCGGCCCUGGCAGCUCGGCGAACGUUUCACCGUGGUUGUGCCGCGCGUGCACACGAGAGGUUUUACACAUUGGGGAUAAUACCAUACCUACCUCACAAGGGAUGUUGUGAGGCGUAGACAGCGGUUAGUGAAGUGCUUUGAGAUGCUCAGAAAGUGGCACUGUUUCCCUGUUAAGCAUUAGUAAUAGUAGCAGUAGCAUUAUUAGAGUAUUAUGUACACGUAGGCCUUGGGUUCACAGGGAUAUGAUCCCUGAGACUGCAUAGUUCCUUUGCAGGGCAGAGGGGUAGGGGUUGAGUGAGGAUGUAGUUGUCUCCUAAUUAUGUUUAAGUAGUACAUUUCAAAAAGAACGAGAAAUUUUAAGUGCAAAUUUCCUCUUUUUUAAGGUAUUUUGUAAGAGUGAAAGCGUUUAAAUAAUGACUUGUAAAAUAAGUUAAUUGUAUAUGAAAAAUUGCAAAUUGCAUAUCUUUAAAAGAAAAAGAACUUUGGGUGCACCUGACCGCCAUAAAAUACUUUAAAAUGUGUUAAUUAUAAAAAUAGGUGUAGAAUUCUGAAUGUAUGUUUGGCUGUUUUGUAGUAAAGGACACUAUGUAAUGAAGGUGCUUAAAUUUAAUCCAAGACAAUAACUUUUGGUCUGCUAGAUGUAUGUAUACUUUGAACACAGCAAGAUUUGGCUGUUUUGCCUCCCCCCCUUUUUUUUUCUUCUGUAAAAUCUUGUAUUAAGUGAUAAGUGAAGUACUGUUUCUUGUUUGUGCUAUUUUAGCAGUAUUUUAACCAACUUGUAUUUCAUGUUUUAAAAACUCAUGUACACAGUCUGAGAAGAGCUUGUCCUUGCUUGCUUUGUUAGUCUGAAUGAGAGAUAUAAUGUGAUGGCUUUUUCUACUGUUUAAGGUAGUCUCUUGCUGUUUCCAGAUGCAGAUGGUCAACCCGAUCCACGUCUGUUGUGUCAGCAAACCACCCCUUACUGAUACUCGUCUAUUCAGGCUUUAAUUUCCUUCCAUGAUUCCUUUCCAAGUACGGAUGUUUUCUCAGAUCAGUACAGUAAGG